AAGUACUAUUUUUUUCAAUGUUUGUUCAAUUAUCUUUUACCCGCAAAUGCAAUGUAGGAAUCAGGUUUGGCAAUAAUGAUAUCUCCAACAUAAUGAUAAUCAUAUAAAAUGGAAGAUAUUUUAGUCAUUUGCAUCAAGUUCAAACUUCCUUCUUGCAUAUGUGAUAAAAUAGCAGAGCUAGUUUGUUGUUGAGUAGGGGCUUAUACUGUUUGCAAUAAAACAGCAGAACUAGGUCAUUAUUUGGUUUGUUUUCUUCUGUUUGCACUGGCUAAAAAUCAUAAUAGGUCAGCUUGAGGGGUAGAUGGUAUUGAAAAUUGAACGAUAUGGAGUUGAACCACAGAAUUAUCCAUUACCAUUUUGUAUCUUGUGCAGUCUCUUCAUCUUCUGCGAGUUGAAGAAGCAUCCAGGUAGACCUGUGCCACAGUUUUUACUUUGAUCGACCUUAAUCCAACCUAUUUCUUAAGAAGUAUUUUGUGCAACCUAUUUCUUAUGAUCCUUAAAUUUAGAAAAAAUUAUUCUAUAUUUAUUUUAUUUGUUUUACCACCUUGAUGUCCCUUAAUCACGAGGCGUGGAGAUGUUUAAAGGAUGGGCAGCAAUCUACGACCAAAAUCACCUAGAAAAUAGGGAAAAUGACAGCCUAAAACAUACUAGGAUGUGAUGCAAUCUAUUACUAAAAUCACCCAAUAAGUAAGUAAAUUAUUUUGGAAAAUAAAAAAUAUGUUCUGCCCACUUUCCCAUACCACAUAAAAAUUGCCCACAACAGUGGCAGAGGCACGCAACUAGAGCAGUGGGUGGAGAUGGAGACUAAAAUACCAUGUCGGCAGCUCUUCAUCGACGGCAAAUGGGUUGAACCCAUCACGAAGAGGCGCAUCCCCGUCAUCAAUCCCGCCACUGAGCAGACCAUCGGCCUUAUUCCGGCGGCCACUGGUGAAGAUGUGGAGCUUGCUGUGGAUGCUGCCCGAAGAGCCUUUGCCAGGAAUAAGGGGGCAGAUUGGGCUAAGGCGCCUGGUGCUGUUCGUGCUAAGUAUUUGCGUGCCAUUGCUGCCAAGAUAACAGAGAGAAAGACUGAAUUGGCCAAACUAGAGGCACUUGAUUGUGGAAAACCCCUGGAUGAAGCAGCAUGGGAUAUUGAUGACGUUGCUUCUUGUUUUGAGUACUUUGCAGACCACGCUGAAGCUUUAGAUGCACAGCAAAAGGCUCCUUUGUCACUUCCUAUGGAGACAUUUAAGUGUCAUAUUCUUAAGGAGCCCGUUGGUGUUGUUGGAUUGAUUACACCAUGGAAUUACCCACUACUGAUGGCUACAUGGAAAGUGGCUCCUGCCCUAGCUGCUGGUUGCACAGCAAUACUAAAGCCAUCUGAGUUGGCUUCUGUGACUUGUUUAGAGCUGGCUGAUGUGUGUAUAGAGGUGGGUCUGCCACCUGGCGUCCUUAAUAUUCUGACUGGACUGGGCUCUGAAGCUGGUGCUCCAUUGUCAUCUCAUCCCCAUGUUGACAAGAUUGCAUUUACUGGAAGCACUGUUACUGGGAGCAAGAUCAUGACAGCUGCAGCUCAAUUGGUGAAGCCUGUUUCAUUGGAGCUUGGUGGAAAGAGUCCCAUUCUUGUGUUUGAGGAUGUCGACCUUGACAAGGCUGCUGAAUGGACUGCCUUUGGUUGCUUUUGGACAAAUGGCCAAAUAUGUAGUGCAACAUCUCGUCUUCUUGUGCAUGAAAGCAUUGCAGCAGAAUUUUUAGACAAGCUUGUGAAAUGGACUAAAAAUAUCAAGAUUUCAGAUCCCUUUGAAGAAGGUUGUAGACUUGGUCCUGUUGUUAGUAGAGAGCAGUAUGAGAAGAUAUUGAAGUUGGUUUCAACAGCUAAGAGUGAGGGUGCAACAAUAUUGUGUGGUGGGGGUCGUCCCCAGCAUUUGAAGAUGGGGUUCUACAUUGAACCAACCAUUAUAAGUGAUGUGACUACUUCCAUGCAAAUUUGGAGAGAGGAGGUUUUCGGGCCUGUCCUUUGUGUUAAAACAUUUAGCUCCGAAGAUGAAGCCAUUGAACUAGCAAAUGACACCCAGUAUGGCUUAGCAGGUGCUGUAAUUUCAAAUGAUCUGGAGAGGUGUGAACGUGUGUCAAAGGCCCUUAAUGCAGGGAUUGUAUGGAUCAACUGCUCACAGCCAUGCUUCUGUCAAGCUCCAUGGGGAGGAAACAAGCGUAGUGGUUUUGGGCGUGAACUAGGGCCACGGGGACUUGAUAAUUACUUAAGUGUGAAGCAGGUCACUCAGUACCUCUCCAAUGAACCAUGGGGCUGGUACCAGUCUCCUUCAAAGCUGUGAAAAUUUCUUCAGACCCUGAAGCAGAAAACCUCUGAUAUGUCUAACUCAGAACAAAAAGCAGUACCAUGAGAGGGGCACCAUCUAGUGAAGGUGAUGGUUUUUUGUUGACUGCAAUGAUAAUAAAGUAGCAGAGCUAGUUUGUUGUUUAGUGUGACUUAUUCUGUUUGCAAUAAAACAGCAGAACUAGCUUGUUAUCGGGCAUGUUUUCUUCUGUUUGCUCUAGUUAAAAAUCAUAAUAGCUCACCUUGAGGGGUUGACAGUAUUGAAAAUUGAACAAUAUAGAGGUGAACUGCAGAAUCGUCCAUUACAA